AUGGCAGGCUUUAAGGAAGCACAUACAGGUGUCAUUGAUCUAGACGACGAUGAUCCGGUCGCCGUCGAAAUAAUGUUAAAAUACUUCUAUACCGGCAAAUAUAACGAACCGAUCAACGAGAGCAAAGAACUGCAUCUACAGUUACAGGCUCAAGUCCUCACAUAUACCUUAGCCGAUAAAUACGAUAUACCGACUUUGAUGGGGCUCGCAGAGAAGAGGUUCAAAUCUACGCUUGACCAGGGGCCUACACCAGAAGAAUAUCUAUCUGUGGUUUCAGAUGUCUACACUGUACCUACACCAACCAACGCCUUACGGGCCAUCGCUGUCGAGUAUGCUAGAAUUAAAUUUCGAGACAUGAUGCAAAGCGCCGAUCUUGAAUUUUUGCGAGCUCUGCUACAGGAUGUACCAGAGUUCGCUUUCGAUGUACUUCAGCUGUUCGUCAACGCCCCACUGAGAGGUCGUUGUUUCUCCUGUGGUCCAAAUCAGAAUGCUGAAGCACUCCAGGCGCGCUGUCUCAACUGCGGCAAGGGAGGGAUAUCUCUGACACAUUGA